GAGGUACAGAAUAUGAUUGUUGAAGACCUGGGAAAAGUUAGUUACGCUGCACUUGGAGGGCUUUCUGAUCAGAUUCGAGAGCACAGGGAAUCGAUAGAACUGCCUAUGGUGAAUCCUGAGAUUUUUCAAAAGGUUGGAAUCAGAACCCCGAAGGUAUGUUCACUAUAUGGAUGUUUAAUUUUGGGAAGAUUUUAUAUUGAACAAAUUAAGAUUUAUGUUAUGUUAAAAGGGAAAAAACUACUGAUAAUGUUUCUCACAUACAACGCAGGGUGUUCUUCUUUAUGGACCUCCUGGAACUGGGAAGACACUCUUAGCGAGAGCAAUAGCCAGCAAUACAGAUGCUAAAUUCUUGAAUGUUCAAUACCUGUAUUCUGUUAUCUGUGAUUUUUACCUAGUGCUUAAUGGGGUACUCCAAAAAAGAAGUGUACUUUCUUUUUUUUUAUUCUAGAUUGUAGGUAGUGCUUUUUCGGUUAAAUAUCUUGGUGAAGGCUCAAGAUUGAUUAGGAACAUGUUUAGAUAUGCACGCGAUCAUCAGGUAUUGGAAACUUGCAUUGCUUAAAAAUGACCUUUUUUUUUUCAUGCUCAUCUGAAAUUUGAUUUUUACUGUUUGCAUCCUUUUGUUUAGCCUUGCAUCAUAUUCAUGGAUGAGAUCGACGCCAUUGGAGCACGACGUUUGAGCAUGAGCUCAGCCGCUGAUCGUGAAAUUCAAAGAACCCUCAUGGAGCUGCUUGACCAGAUGGAUGGAUUUAAUCAGCUAGAAAGGGUGAAAGUCAUUAUGGCUACAAAUAGGCGUGAUAUUCUUGAUCCAGCCCUUCUUCGCCCGGGUCGACUUGAUUGGCAAAUAGAAAUACCAUUACCAAAUAAGAAGUCAAGGAUGCAAAUCCUCAAAAUCCACGCUGCUGGAGUUGCAAAACAGGGCAAAAUUGACUAUAAAGCAGUUGUUAAUAUUUCUGAGGGAUUCAAUGGUGCUGAUCUUCGAAAUGUUUGCACUGAAGCUGGUAUGUUCGCUAUUCGCGAAGACCGUGAUUAUGCGAUUAAUAUAGAUUUCAUGAAGGCUGAGCGCAAACUGGUUGAAGCAAAGAAACUGGAAUCGAGCAGCCAUUAAAAUCAAAUUGUUGUUAGCACUCAGCACGGAUGUUUUUCUGAUGUCUGCUCAGUUCGCCACUAAAUUGUCCAGCCCAUUGUGUUCAGUGAUAAAACAUGAAUUUGAUAAUGGUUUCCUUUGACAGCAUCAUUAACUUACAGAAACUUACCAUAUUACCUUAACCCCUUGAACAAGUUAGAAAACGAGUGGAACACGUGAAUUUCUUUAAUUUUGAAACAGUUCAAAUUCUAGUUU